GAGAGAGAGCGAGAGCGAGAGAGAGAGAGAGAGAGAGAGAGAGAGAGAGGAAGCCCCAUAAUUGCAAAAGUCAGCUAAACUCGCUCUGGCUCUUUAAAACGCGAGGCGAGCGCGCCGCAGCGCGCUACUAGGAGGCACCGGGCGGGCUGCAAGUGGCUGAGGGCAGGCCCAAUAAGCGCCUUCAGCACCUCCCCUCGGAGAAAAAAGCAGCAGGCGAAGGAAAAGCAACUCUGGCUCCGAAGCCUUGAUAAAAAAAAAAAAGAAAAGAAAAGGGACAGAAAUUGGCACACGGCGGCGAUGUAUAUAAAGCUCUCCUAGCAAGCGCGCUGCCUGUUUGCAAAGCCAGGCACCGUCGAGGGGGGUGGUAGCAGGAGCGCGCCGGCCGCGAUGCCUCGCUGAGUGAGUGAGCAAACGGGCAGCGGGCUGCUCCCCGACGCGGAGGACCUGCAGUUGCCCCGGCCGGCCCGGUCCGCGCCCUCCCCGCCGCGCCAUGCCGCUCCUCCUGCUCCUCCUCCGUCGGGGUGCCCUCUUGCUCUGCCUGACCGUCCUGCGAGGGUUGUGCGCCCCGGCGGAGACGGAGCUGGUCACCCCCAUCCGCCUGGACCCGUCCCCGGAGGGCGGCCGGCCGUAUUUCCAUGGCCCCCCCGAGGGCACCCCUGUCGGACAAGGAGCCACCUUCCAGAUCACGGCUUUCCACCAGGAUUUCUACCUGCACCUGCGCCCCGACGCCCAGUUCCUGGCGCCCGCCUUCGCCACGCAGUACCUGGGCAGCGCCCCGACGGCGGGGGCGGCCGAGCAGGAGGGAGACCUGCGCCGCUGCUUCUAUUCCGGGGACGUCAAUGCGGACGCGGACUCUUUCGCGGCUCUGAGCCUCUGCGGAGGGCUGACGGGGGCUUUCGGCUACCGCGGCGCCGAGUACCUCAUCCGCCCCGUCGAGAACAGCGGCGGGAACCGGGCGCUGUGGAGCGGCCCCGGGGAGCACCUGCUGCAGCGCCGGAGCGCGCCAGGUCCCGCUGUCCCGACUUCCCGCUGCGGCGUCGGCUCGGGCUGGAACCCGGCCAUCCUGCAAGCCCUGGAGAAGUACAAGGGGGCCCCCGGGGCCCGACGGGGCCCCCGCAACAACGGGACGGGCCACGCGCCGCAGCCUCCACCGCCCCGGGCCAAGCGCUUCGUCUCCAUCCCACGCUACGUGGAGACGCUGGUGGUGGCGGACGAGUCCAUGGCCAAGUUCCAUGGCGGCGACUUGCAGCACUACCUGCUGACCCUCAUGGCCACGGCGGCGCGCCUCUACCGGCACCCCAGCAUCCAGAACCCCAUCCAGCUGGCCGUGGUCAAGUUCCUGGUCAUCGGGCAGGACGACAAGGGGCCCAAGGUGACGAGCAACGCCGCCCUCAGCCUGCGCAACUUCUGCGCCUGGCAGAAGAAACUGAACAAGGGCAACGACAAGCACCCCGAGUACUGGGACACCGCCAUCCUCUUCACGAAGCAGGAUUUGUGUGGUGCUACCACCUGCGACACCUUGGGCAUGGCAGAUGUCGGCACAAUGUGUGACCCCAAACGUAGCUGCUCUGUCAUUGAGGACGAUGGCCUCCCCUCUGCUUUUACUACAGCUCAUGAGCUAGGACACGUGUUCAACAUGCCCCAUGACAACGUGAAGGUCUGCGAGGAGGUCUUUGGAAGGCUGAGGACCAACCACAUGAUGUCGCCCACUCUUAUCCAGAUUGACCGCAUCAGCCCUUGGUCGGCUUGCAGCGCUGCCAUCAUCACCGACUUCCUGGACAGCGGACAUGGUGACUGCCUCUUGGAUGAACCCACUAAGCCCAUCCCACUGCCUGAAGACCUCCCUGGUUCCAACUACAACCUCAACCAGCAGUGUGAGCUGGCCUUUGGCAUGGGCUCCAAGCCCUGCCCAUACAUGCAGUACUGCACCAAGCUGUGGUGCACAGGGAAGGCACGGGGACACAUCAUGUGCCAGACGCGCCAUUUCCCUUGGGCGGAUGGCACCAGCUGUGGAGAAGGGAGGUUCUGCCUGAAGGGUGUCUGUGUCGAGAGGCAUAACAUCAGUAAGUACCGGGUGGAUGGCAACUGGGGGAAAUGGGCACCCUAUGGCCAGUGCUCACGGACCUGUGGCGGAGGAGUCCAGCUGGCAAAGCGGGAAUGCAACAACCCGCCCCCUGCCAACGAAGGGAAGUACUGUGAAGGAGUGAGAGUGAAGUACCGCUCCUGCAGUCUGGACCCCUGCUCUGAUUCAGUCCCCGGGAAGAGCUUUCGGGAAGAGCAGUGCGAGGCUUUCAAUGGCUACAACCACAGCACAAACCGACUCACGGCCACAGUCUCUUGGGUCCCCAAGUAUUCCGGAGUGUCUCCUCGUGACAAGUGUAAGCUGAUCUGCAGAGCAAAUGGAACGGGGUACUUCUACGUCUUGGCUCCAAAGGUGGUGGAUGGCACGCCAUGCUCUCCAGAUUCCACCUCGCUGUGCGUCCAGGGCAAAUGUAUCAAGGCUGGAUGCGAUGGGAGACUGGGCUCCAAAAAGAAGUAUGACAAAUGCGGUGUGUGUGGUGGAGACAACAAGACCUGCAAGAAGGUCUCCGGCUUGUUCACCAAACCCAUGCAUGGCUACAACUUUGUGGUGCUCAUCCCAGCAGGAGCUUCCAGCAUUGACAUCCGGCAGCGGGGCUACAAGGGCUUGGUCAGUGAUGACAACUACCUGGCUGUGAAAAACGGGCACGGCAAAUACCUCCUGAAUGGGCAUUUCAUCGUCUCGGCAGUAGAGAGGGACCUGAUGGUCAAGGGGAGCGUGUUGCGCUACAGUGGAACCGGGACAGCUGUGGAGAGCCUCCAAGCCUUUAUGCCCAUCCAGGAACCGUUGACGGUGGAAGUGUUGUCUGUGGGGAAGAUGACCCCGCCUCGGGUCCGAUACUCUUUCUACUUGCCCAAAGAAAGCAGGGAGGACAAGUCCUCAUACCGCAAAGAUGGGAAGCGCCCGCCGGUCCUCACCAACAGCAUCCUCACCCUCUCCAACCGCCUUGAUCCUGGCAGACCGGAUUACAAACGCCCCUCUUACAAGUGGGCCACCACCAGCUGGGAAGACUGCUCGGUCACCUGUGGCAAUGGGCUGCAGAAGCGCAUGGUGCAGUGUCGUGAUGCCCUUGGCCAGGCGGCCUCUGCGUGUGAUGCCACUCAGCGGCCCACUGACAUCAGGAUAUGUGGGGACCCCUGCCCGGUGUGGGAGGCCUCCUCCUGGUCGCCGUGCUCGAAAACAUGUGGCCGGGGUUUCAAGCGACGCAUGCUGAAGUGCAUGGGCAGGGGGGCCGUCCUGCUGCCCCGCGACCGCUGCAACCUCAGGAAGAAGCCACAGGAGCUGGACUUUUGCACCCUGAGGCCGUGCUGACCGGGCUGGACCCUCGUAUUGACCAAGGCCUAAUGAGCAUAAUUCUGGCUCUUGAUGAUCAAGUGGCUGAAAGUGUAAAAAAAAAGAAACAAAAAUAGCCUCCGGGGGGAGGGAAGGAGGGAAAAGGGAGUCGACUGAGUGGAGUGGGAUCUGUUACAUAGUGCAUUUGGACGAACUAAAGGAUUCUAAAUGGGCCAAAAGAGAGAGAGAAUGAGAGCAAGCAAGGGAGAGUGCCAAUGAGAAGGGGUUGAGUAGGAGGGUUUGAUGAUCUGGGCGCUCAGUGGUGAAGCAGGAAUAAACAACUACCUCGAAGCUGCCAAACCACCCAAUCUCUGCCUCACAUGGUGCAACCUGCAGUCAUGAAGUAGAAAGGCAAGAUCGGAGAUUGAGAGAAAUUGCCGUCCAAGAUGGACCAGAGACAAUGUCGGCCGUUCCUUAGAGUCAUGGCCCCAGCCUAUUCCGAAAUACAAAGGGGUCAUCUCCUAUUGGGGACCCAUCACCCCAACACCCUCCCGUUGUAAAGGACCAUAAGGGAUUACCAUUGCACCCACAGCAAAAUGCAAGGCUUUCCAACCGGUACAGUAAGGUACCCCCAAGGCCGACCAGCCCUGAUGUGUUGUAGGUCUCUAGAAAUCCCCCCCCCCCUUGUUGCUUUCCGGCUUCUGUGCAGGGCUGACGAUGGAUGGGUUGCUUUACUUCUGUUCAUGUUUACGGGCCAAACGUGUAGGUUUAAAUGGUGCUUGACCUCUUUUUCUAUUCUUUUUUGUCUUUCUUGGUUGAAGUAAACCAUUUGUUUGUUGCCUAUUUCCCUUGGAACAACCCCUAUAGCAGUUUGAGGGGGCAUUUUAUCUCUCCAACACAUGCACAAGGGAGUGAGAAAACUCAGAUUCUUCUCUUCUCUUCUUAGGAGUUAUUCAUAAGCCACACCUCUUCCAAAUUCAUUGCUGUAUUAUGAGUAUUUCCAGAGAUUGCAGUAAGCCUCUGCAAAAUACCUGUGAAUCUGAACGCCUCUUUCUCUGAAGUGCUCUGGAUAUUUGCCAAGCUGACUUUGUACUGUGCAUGAAAAAUCUUUAAGGGCCAAAUUGAGUUUCCUGCAGCCAUCCUUGUGUGCUACUUGAACAAUUUGCAGGGAAGGGGGAAAUCAUACGGUCAGGUGGAUAUUUACAGCUGCUCUGAUGCCUGGGGCUAAGUCAACCAUUAUACUAAGGAUAUACUGAAGAGGUGGUCCCCAUUACUCCACUUCUGGUAUCUGGAGCUUAUUAGUGUGAUAUUGCACCUUAAGGUUUUCGUCUUUAACUCUCUAGGCUGGAAGGCUAUGGUUGUUCCCUUAUAGUGAGAAUAGCAUACUUGUUCCCACCAUGAGACGAGAGGCCAAAGCUUAGUGGUAGAGCAUUUGCUUGGCAUGCAGAAGGUCCCAGGUUCAAUCCCUGGCAACUCCAAAUUGGACUUGGAGAAGCCAUGGUUUGAAAUUCUAGGGAGCGACAAUUUUUUCCCAAUAAAAAAUUGUUGCUGCUGAUAAACAGCAAAUCAGCCAGAGAUCUCCCAGUCAAUCUGCCUUUUGCCCACCCAUGUCUUAGUGCCCCUAUGCCCUUCAGUUCAACUCUGCUAGUGCCUUUUCAUGUGUCUGCAAAUGGGUGAAUCAACACCACCUUUCUCUCCAAGUUAUUUUCAUUGGAUGUAAGGUGGUCAAUAGCUUUCAUAGCAUUGUAGAGUUGGAAGGGACCCCCAAGGUUCAUCUAGUCCAGCCUGUUGCAAUGCAGCAACCACAGUGAAAGGAUCCCUGACAGAUAGUUCCACCUCCACCUCUGUUUAAGAACCUUCAAUGAAGGAGAAUCCAUCAUGUUCCCAGAUGGCCCAUUCCACUGCUGAACAGCUCUUAGCAUCAGAGGUUUACUUGGAAUCACCUUUCUUAUCAUUUGAAUCAAUUGGUUCAGGUCCUCCUCUCUGGAGUAGCAGAAAAUUAGCUGGCUCCCUCUCCCAUGUGAUAGUCAGCAAUCUUCAAAUAUCUAAACGGCUAUCAUAUCACCUCUCAGUCACCUCCAAGUUAAACAUGCUCAACUCCCUCAUGGGAGUGUUCCUCAUAAGGCUUAGUUUCCAUACCCUUCAUCAUCUUGAUAGAGUCCCUUCCACUUUGUUUGUUUCUCUGCCACAUGUAGCAAAUAGAGGCACUCUUGAUUUCAAAAUGGUGCUGAUUCUAUGGUAUUUGGGGAUGGGGAUUUCUGUUGACUAAAAACAGUGGCAUUCCCACUUCUUCCUUAACCGAUUGUUUACAAGGUUGUAAAAUGGAAUUAUAUAUUAAGAGAGGUUGUGAAUUCAAGUCGCUGGGCCUGAUAUUCUGCUUGUCCACACAUGCUUGGUGUGUUCCAUUGAAACUAAGAGUUCUGCAGUGAUAUUCAAAGAACUUGAGAAUGGAAUCAGAACUUCUGGGUUUAUUUAUUUUCUUCUAUAGAUGGUGAGAAGAAAAAAAUUGUGAAGGUAUCAGGUUGAUAUAUAUAUAUUUACAACAAGGAGGACAUUGGGAAAGUCAUGGGGUGGGGCAAAAUGGUCCCAGUUGAUAUUCUUCUCUAAAAGCACCAUGUGGCCAAAGUUCUAGAUCCAUGCCCUCAAAAUUCUAGACCUGUCGGUCCCUCUGGGCAACCAGUUACACCUGUCAAAACAUAUUAGUGCAGCUCUAGAUGACAGAGAUGGGGAACCUGUAGUUCUCCAGAUGUUGAUGGACUCUAUCAGUCCCAGCCAGCUUAGCCAGUGGCCAAGGAUAAUCACAGAUAGGGGCCAAUAACAUCUAGAGGCCACAUGUAUCUUUAGGUCUUUGUACAUCACAGGUGUACAUUGCAUUUAUACCAGUUUUACCAGGCUUGCAAGUAGUUGCUUGCCUUGUCUGCCAGUGAAGAGUAAGGAAAAGAACCACAAAGGGGUUGCAGAGUUACAUGUGGUAUGAUGGGUUAGUACACCUUGCAAACUUACUUGCAAUGGUGUAUGGUGGGUUCACUCCCAAGAAUCCUGGGAAUUGUAGUUUGGCGUGGAGGAGUCUCAAUUAGAAAUCUCGCCCUUUUGCAGAACUGCAGCUCUCUGGGGGAGAAAGAAGGACCUGCUCUUAAUUCUGUAAUGCAGAUAUCACAUCUGUGACUUGUACAGACUUCAAACUGACUUUCUGACUUCUCUGAAAAUGCAUUUUAAUUUGUGUUGGGGUUUUUCCCCCUGUUGUCUUCUGCCAUGCCCAGUAAUGCAGUCACCAGCCUUUGAUGGCUUCAGAGGCUUCCCUUUAUCAAAAUGGUUGGUUUCCGUCAACUAUGCAGCACUGACAUCCUUGCCCAUUGCAGUGUGUUUGUGAAGGGAGGGGCUUUUAAUUUUUGUUAAAGAUAUGAUUCUUUUGCAAGAUAUACAGCAAAAGGAUGGAAAUGCCUAUUGUACUGGCUGCUUUGUGUAUACCAUGUAUACUAUGUGUUGGUCUCUGCUGUUUGUGUGUGGAUAGCAAACCUAAAAUAAAACUGUUAAGUAUUUAAACAA